ACCUCCCAGUCUUUUGUUUUUCCAUCUCAACUUUGCGCCAACUUGCUCUGAACGCUGCGUGUUUCUACUGCGUGUUUUUCCACUGCGUGUUCCCACUGCGCCAGAGGGACGUUAUGCGUGGUCUGGACCGGGUCUAGGUCUCGACCCGCCGACCCUGACCCCAGCAUGUCUUCCCCCGGAGGCCGGAGAGACGAGCUUUCCACAGACGUGGACGCGCAGCCGCCGCCGCGGACAAAGCAGCGCGCGCCGCAGGUGUGCCGCCGCAUGCCCUUCAGCGUGGAGGCGCUCAUGUCGGGCACGACGCGGCCGGACUGGAGGGAUGGAAGUCACGUGCACGCGCACGGACCGGCUGACUUGUCCCAAUUAGUUUCUAUUAAACCAGAGCCAUCGGAACCGGGAGGGUCCGCGUCCUGGAGGUCCAGCCGCAUGAAGACGCCGGCACCACCCAGACCCGGCCCGGCCUCCUGCUCCUUGAGGACGCACAAAACCAACCGCAAGCCCCGCACGCCCUUCAGCGGUGCGCAGCUGCUGGCGCUGGAGAGGAAGUUCCAGCACAAGCGGUACCUGUCCAUCGCCGAGCGGGCCGAGUUCUCCUCCUCGCUGGCGCUGUCCGAGACCCAGGUCAAGAUCUGGUUCCAGAACCGCCGCGCCAAAGCCAAGAGGCUCCAGGAGGCCGAGGUGGAGAAGCUCAAAAUGGUGGCCGGCGUCGGGCCCCAUAAAGCCGUCUUCCACCCGGGCUUCCCGUCGUUGGGUUUCCCCCUCGGCGUGAACGUCCACGCCGGGUCGGCGGCGCUGUACGGACUGGGCUGCUCCUACGGCCGCGGGCCCGUCCUCCCCGCGGUGCACCUGGUGGGCCACGGCCUGCUCCACCUCUCCUGAGGGGAACCGGAGCCUCGGGGACGGACCUGCUGAGAGACUUCAUUCAGGACCCGAGCUGGACCGGAGCCGGACCCGAGCUGGACCCGAGCUGGACCGGAGCUGGACCCGAGCCGGACCCGAGCUGGACCCGAGCUCGACCGGAGCCGGACCCGAGCUGGACCCGAGCUGGACCCGAGCUGGACCCGAGCCGGACCCGAGCUGGACCCGAGCCGGACCCGAGCUGGACCCGAGCUGGACCCGAGUUCGACCGGAGCUGGACCCGACCUGGACACGAGCUCGACCGGAGCCGGACCCGAGCUGGACCCGAGGGUUUAUGACCUUCUAUCUUUAUUCACAUCUUCUUCUUUUUUUGACAAAGAAUCUUGAAGUUCUUUGUCUGCGGAUCCGGGUCACUGAAGAUGAACAGAACAUAUCAGGACCGCUGGCCUGAAUAGAAGAUUUCACUUUCAUAUUCUAUUUUUUAUCCAUUUGCUUUCUUGUAUUUCCUAGAAAAAACAUAAAUAAAGAAAGCUAAGAAUA